GCCGACCGCUGCUAGCCUGUAUGGAUGUUCUGUCGCUACAGGAGCCGAGGAAACAUGUCAGCCAGGUCUAAAUACCGAUAAAAAACAAAACAAAACACCAGCGUGCUGUGUUUUCUUUGACUCUACGAUCUGUGGAAAAUGUCCCGGUUUCAGGAUCUGAAAGAUUCACUCAAACGGCGGCUGCUGACCGCGGUUCGCAAAGAUCUGUUUGGACAUCUGGAGAGAAGAGUAUCCGAAUAUGAAAAGGAGAUCGAUCGCAACAGAAGACUGCUGGAUAUGGUUUCUAACCUCGACUUAAAGCGGCGAGGAGCAGUGUGUCCUGCAGGUGUCCAGCAGGUGUUGGUGAGUAAAGAAGAGAUUCCCCCAGAGCAGCAGGAGUGGAGCCCCAGUCUGGUCCAGAAGGACCCAGAGCCCCCACACAUUAAAGAGGAACCGGAGGAGCUCUGUCUUAUUCAAAGAGAAACAGGUGCUGAUGGAGAGGACUGUGGAGGAUCAGAAUCAGAGAGGAACUCGGAUGCAGACAGGCAUUCACAACCAGACACUCGUAACAAGGCUUCAGACUUUCCUGAACCUGAAAUUGAUGACAAUGAUAAAGACUGGGAGGAUCCUAACAGAAAAUUUUGCUGCUCCAAAUGUGGUAAAACAUGUACACAAAGGGGAAAUUUGAAUAUUCACAUGAGAACUCAUACAGGAGAAAAGCCCUUUAGUUGCUCUUUGUGUGGUAAAAGGUUUACGCAAAAAGUAGGUCUGCACUACCACUUGAAAAUUCACACAGGAGAGAAACCAUUUAGUUGCUCAGUUUGUGGUAAAAAUUUUAGACAGAAAGGACCUUUAAAAUACCACAUGUUAACCCACACAGGAAUGAAACCGUUUAGUUGUAAUGUUUGUAACAAAAGAUUCAGGUGGUCGUCACAGAUCAGAGUCCAUAAGUGUGUUGGUGAAUCAUCACAGCGUCACCGGAAUAAACACAAGAAACCACUGAGCUGCUCCGAAUGUGAUGAAACAUUUCCAAACAACUCCCUUCUGAAGAUACACAUGAGAAUGCACAAGGGAAAGAAACUUCUUACCUGCACAGUUUGUGGUCUACAACGGCAGUUUACCUCCCAAAUGGAGAUACACAUGAGAAGCCAUACGGGAGAGAGACCCUACAGUUGCUCAAUUUGUGGGAAAAAAUUUACACAAAGGGGAAUUAUGAUGCAACACAUGGCAGUCCACUCAGGGGUGAAACCGUUCAGCUGCAGUGACUGUGGUAGAAGAUUCUUUUGGCACUUUCAGAUCAAAAAACACAAGUGUUCCGGCAAGUCACAGCAAAACAAAACUGGCCUCACUGGAGAGCACUGUGGAGGAUCAGGACCAGCCAGGAACUUAGAACCAGAUAGACAUUUAAAACCAGAGCCCUCUAUUGAAACUUAUGACAGUGUCGACAUUGAUUUUUGGAAAGAUAUCCGGCAACAUCAGUCCGGCUUCACUUAUCAGAGGAAAAAAAAAGUCUCUGUAAAUGAUGGAUGUAAUACUGGAGAGAAACCCGUUAGCUGCUCUGAUGACAAAGCUAAUGCUGAACCCAAGGAUGAUGAAAGUGUCGACAGGGAUUUUGGCAAACAGAAGAGGCAAAGACAAUCAUGUUUAAAAGAUACAAAAAAUGAAGACAUCUCUGUACGUGAUGCAGGAUGUAAUACUGACAAGAAACCAUUCAUCUCCUAUGAGUGUCAUAAAAGACCUGAAGUCAGUCACACGCUGCCAACACACACGCAGUGUCACACGGGAGAGAAACCCUUUAGUUGCUUCUUUUGUGGGAAAAGAUUUGCGACAGGAGGAUUUCUGACAAGACACAUAUCUGUUCACACAGGAGAGAAACUACUCAGUUGCAUUAUAUGUGAGAAAAGAUUCACAAUGGAGUCAGAGUACAUUAGUCACAAGUGUGUUGGUGCGUUGUCACAGCUUCAUCAAAGCCAAAUUGAGGAAAAGAUUACUGCUAACAAACUGUUUAGCUGCUCUCAGUGUGGUAAAGGAUUUAGCCGUAAACACCAUCUGCAGGUACACUUGAGAAUUCACAAAGGAGAGAAACCAUUUAGUUGCUCAGUGUGUGGUGACAGAUUUGCCAAGCGUGACAGUUUAAGUUUUCACAUGACAUGUCACACAGGGGAAAAGUCUCUCUGCUGUUCAGUUUGUAACACAGGUUUUAGUGACAGAGAGUCAUUAAUUCAACACAUGAGAAUCCAUACUAGACAAACACAAUUUAGUUGCUCAAUUUGUGGUAAAGAAUUUGCUUGGAGAAGAUAUCUGACAAAACAUAUGGAAGUCCACGCAAAGGAGACAAUCAGCAGCUGCAGUGUUUGUGACAGAGGAUUCAUUUGCAAUUAUGAGCUCAAUCACCAGAAGUACAUUCAUAAGUCUUCACAGCUUCAUCAGAGUCAGACUGAGGAGAACAGAGAGGCAGAGCCUCCAGCCAGCAGCUCCGCUGAACAGAUGGAGACUGAAGCUGAUGGAGAGGACUGUGGAGGACAAGAACCAGCCAGGAACUCAGAUCCAGACAGACAUUUACAACCAGAUGCUGAUGACAAGGCUUUAGACUCUUCUGAACCUGAUACUGAUGACAGUGACUUUUGGAAAAAGUUUAGGCAAAGUCAAUUAGGUUCAAACUGUAUAAAAGAUGUAGUCUUUGAAAGUGACAUGGGAUGCAAUACUGACAAGGCUUCAGGGUCUUUUAACCCUCAGAGUGACGACAGUGUUGACAGUGAUUUUUGGAAAGAGACCAGGAAACCUCUAUCAAGUUUAAACUCUCUGAAACAUAAUGAAGUCACUCAGAGGGAUACAACACGUAAUAUUGGCAGACAACAGUUCAGCUGCUCUGAGUGUGGUGAAACAUUUUUCAACAAUCACCUUCUGAAGAUCCACAUAAGAAUUCAUAGAGGAGAGGAACUAUUCAGUUGCUCAUUUUGUGGUAAACAGUUUACACAAAGAGAAGGUCUGGAACAACAUAUGGUUUUCCAUACAGGGGCACAGAAGGAGGCAAAGCAGGAGGAGUUACAGCCCCCACGUAUUAAAGAGGAACAGGAGGAAGUUGGAGGUCUGGAGCCCGAUAUCACCAAGUUCCCAUUCAAUCCUGGCAGCAUGAAGAGUGAAGAUGAUGAAGAGAAACCUCAGACCUCACAGCCUCAUCAGAGUCAGACUGAGGAGAACAAAGAGGCAGAGCCUCCAUCCAGCAGCUCCACUGAACAGAUGGAGACAGAGGCUGAUGGAGAGGACUGUGGAGGACCAGAACCAGCCAGGAACUCAAAUCCAGACAGACAUUUACAACAAGAUGCUGACGACAAGGCUUCAGACUCUUCUGAACCCGAUACUGAUGACAGUGACUUUUGGAAAGAGAGCAGGCAACAUCAGUCAGAUUUAGACUCGUUAACAAAUAACGAAAUUGCUGAAAGUGAUGUGGGAUGUGAAUCUGGAAAGAACCCUUUUAGCUGCUCUGAUGUAAAGGCUUCAGAGUCCCUUGAACCUGAGAGUGAUGACAGUGUUGACAGUGAUUUUUGGAAAGAGAGCAGGAAACCUCAAUUAUGUAUAAACUCUUUGAAAAAUAAUGAAGUCUCUGAUAAUGACGUGAGAUAUAGUUCUCUCAGGGAACCAUUCAGCUGCUCUGAGUGUGGUAAAAGAUUUCUCUACAUUUGCCAUAUGAAGACCCACAUGAGACAGCACACAGUAGAGAGACCAUUUUUUUGUUCUGUUUGUGGUCAGAAAUGUCUUUACAAGUCCCAUCUGAAGAUACAUAUGAGAACUCAUACAGGAGAGAAACCAUUCGUUUGCCCAGUUUGUGGUAAAAAAUAUGCACACAAGGCAAGUAUGCAAUCUCACAUGAUUGUCCACACUGUGGAAAAACAGUACAAUUGCAAUGUCUGUGACCAAGGCUUUGCUUGGUAUACAGAGCUCAAAUAUCAUCAAUGUCUUGGUGAGUCCUCACAUGAAAAUAAAUACUGGGGGAAAACCGGGUAGUUGCUCGAAAUAGAAAUCUGAAAAGCCACCUACCACCUCACCCGGGGGAGAAAUGAAUCAUGUGCAGGGUUUGUGGCAGAAGAUUCAUUCAGUGGCUCAGAAAGGUAUUUUAGAGCAGUGACAGUCAGUGAAGUCAUAGAGCUGCUGGUUGGGCUGCGUUUCAGAAAUGUGUUGCAACAUUAAAGCAACAGGAAGACUUCGAUUUGAGAUUCUUACAAUUAAUUAGAUAAAGACAAGAUUGUGCUUUUGAUUACAGUUAAAAAGCAAAAACCCAAAUUAUUAUUAUUAUUAUUACUGUAUUUCCUCAAAUCGAGACCGGAGCCUUUAUUUGUUCGUGUCAACCACGCCCCUGGCAAAUAUCAGAAACCCGGCCUCUAAUUGGCUACCGGUUUAGUUAAUAUCGCAGUGCCUCAAAUCACAUACAAUGGGAUGAUGAAACAUGUGGUUGGUCUCAAUUAAGAACUUUUUCCCUUCACAUCUAGAAAUUGUCUCAUGUAUUCUUCACUGUAACUUAUACAUGUUAACUUGAUCAACCUCACUAACAACACAGAGGAAGAUGGAUAUGAUUCCUGGUGGUUCCUCUGCAGAUGACAAUAAAACUAAAAGUCGAAACAUGAAACUUUUUCGUCUGUAACGCUUUUUGAUAAACUGCCUAUCUACCUCUGUGAAAAGCUUUAUCCUGUUUCUAACCACUGUCAAACUGGACCAUCUAGAUGUUAACUUCAGCGUCCACAGAGUCUUUUCUUAACCUGGAAGAGCUGAGUUUUCUAACUGAGGACCUUGGGCUGGGAAUAAUUUACAAGAUAAACUUUAUUUUGAAAGACAGUCUUCAUAUCAGGCAUUCAUCCAUAACAUGUUUAAUGAGCAUCAUGUUUUUUUUUUUAAAUGAUCGGACUUUUCUCCUUCAUGCCACUCAGGACUUACUGUGUUGUGCUGUAUAUAAAUGUUGUGAAUUAAUUGUGAACUUACAGCAGAGGCUGAAUUGUGCCGUUUUAUCAACAUUUUAGAAUUUUACUUAGAA